AUGGAUAAAAAUGGCUAUACAACAAUCAAUAACCUCAAACUAUCUCCUUCGGAAUUAGUCGGUGAUAUCGUUCGCGGCAUCAAAGAUUUGUUGCCGUUGGAAAAUCCAGGAGAUCUGACGUACACUUUCGAGCCAAAACACAACAGCACCCUGUUCCACAGCAUCAAAAAGUAUGUGGAGUACGAUAUAAAUGUGUCUCAUCUUUGCUCAUUUUACCUAAGUGGCACGCACCCGACCGGCAGAAUAGAUUUAGUCCGGGUAGUCGGCUGCAGACCGGCCAGCCAGCCUGCCAAUGACGAGCAGUACAUGCUUGGGCCACAGGAUUAUCGGCUCGCUGAUGCGUUCGUUUUGAUUCGUCCCAUACAUGAUCGAGUGACGCUAAAUCUAUACCCCGGUUCCCACACCAUGACCUGCACGCAAUUCACUCAAAAGUUUAAUGAGGGAUCGAGUCCGACGAGUGAAACAGUGGGGCGGGAUCAAGCGAUUGUGGCUAUGUCGACAAUAUGGUGUAACUGGCCAGAUGACCAGGCUUGUCUACGCAUCGAAGAUACUAUUCUUUUCGCUUUUGUCGUCUAUUCAAGUGGCCCUCAAGAAGUUGACAACAGUGACGAGGAGGAGGUCGGCUGUGUGGAUGAAACUCGACUCGUUCCAUUCACACGCUAUUGA